GCAAGGUAGAAAGCCUGAUAUUUCUCCGUGUAGUGUAGAAUACUUGCUGCAGGGUGUAGAGUGUAUACUGGAGCUGGGUUUGACAGCAGGAGAAGCUGAACCGUCUCAGUACUACACUGGAGUUAGGGGAGAGAUGAUUUCCACGGCUUCUCUUCACAGUCCGCUGCGCUGCAUCAUCUGGUCAGAUAGUGAUUCCAACUCUUCAACAGACAAUUAUUUAAAUUAUGAAAACAUAAACACAAACUCUACAACUGUAUUGCCAGGGAACAGGUUCAGCUCACAGGUUAGCAGACAACCUGGAGAAGGGAACCCUGUACUUGGAGGAGAACCUGGAGGAGUAGUGUUUGCAAGUACUCUUGUAGAUGGAAACUCUCCUACUCCCUAUACUGAUGCAAUACAGACGAAGAAGAAUUCUCCGCUCCACAUUAAAAGACCGAUGAACGCUUUCAUGGUGUUCUCCAACUACGAGAGGAAACGUGUACUCAAGGAGCACCCGGAGAUACAGAAUACAGAACUCUCAAGAGAGUUGGGAAGACGUUGGAACAGACUCUCCGCGGCGGACCGGCAACCGUUCAUGGCGGAGUCAGAUCGUCUCCGUGUUCUACAUAGCAGAGAAUAUCCUAACUACAAAUAUAAGCCUGCAAAGAAGAGAAGUAAACCUGUCAAGCAGGAUCAGAAUUCAGGUUUGCCAGCUCCUAAACUUGAGAUUGGAGCUUCAUGGGCCAGCUCAGCGUGUAGAAUAUCUAUAUCUCAGGGACGGAGAGGAAUUCUUAAAUCUAUCAAUACCAACAGACUCCAGCAUCGACUCACAAUUGACAAGAAAUUCAAAGAUGCUUUGCGCAGAGCCAACUCAAGUUUAACCAAACCUACUCCGGGUUUUGUUUCUCUAGGACAGAGCAGUGGUGAGUCUUGCUCACUUUCUUCUUCUUCUCCGUUGAAAAAAUGCAUCAUAAUUCCUCCUUCUUCCUCCUGGUCUACCAUGAGACUAACGCAAAGCGUCCCAACCUCUCCAGACCUUGCUUAUCAUCAGCCUAACCUGGCACAGACUGUACCCAGCAAUUCAUGUCCCAACACACCCCUGGCUCCUCCCUCCAAUCGUCAACUCACCUCACCUCUGAGUUGGCGUGAUCAGGAGGCGACCUCCCUCCCUGAUCUAUCUCAGAUCCUCUCAACCAACCUAGAGACGGAUCUCAACCUGGACUGGACGGAUGAGCAGGUUGAGAACCUAAACCUGAACCUGAACCUUAACUCUGAUGAUCUGGAGUUUGCAGACCAAUGGUUUAAUAAGCAGAUAUUCUCCAAUAUUCUUUGAUAAAUACGUAAAAUUAAUUUUUCUUCUUCUAUCUCUAUCCAUCAAAUAAAUCUGCUUGUGUUAUCGUAAAGUCUAGUUUUAUAAUAUGCAGUAAAUAAUAUUGGUUUUUAAACCACACCACAGUUAAGACGGUUCUCUUCAAUAUCAUUGUUCUUUUUUCCGAAUUAGUGUAAUCUUCAUUCAACUUCUAAAAGAAUUAAAAUUUCUCCUAUAGUUUUUCAAUAGUAUUCAAAUCACUCUUAGUUUUUCUUGUUCUACUUGUACUAUCACUCCUAGCUCUCUAGCACGCCUAGCUCUCUAGUACACCGAAAUCUCUAGCUCUCUAGUACUCCUAGCUCUAUAGCUCUCUAACACUCCUAGUUCUCUAGCUGUCUAGCACUCCUAGCUCUCUAGCACUCCUAGCUCUCCAGCACUUCUAGCUCUCUAGCACUCCUAGCUCUCUAGCCCUCCUAAAAGCUCUCUAGCCCUCCUAGCUUUCUAGCACUCAUAGCUCUAUAGCACUCAUCGCUCUCUAGCACUCCUAGCUCUCUAGCACUUCUAGCUCUCUAGCACUCCUAGCUCUCUAGCACUCCUAGCUCUCUAGCACUCCUAGCUCUCUAGCACUUCUAGCUCUCUAGCGCUCCUAGCUCUCUGCAACUCCUACCUCUUCAGCACUCCUAGCUCUCUAGCACUCAUAGCUCUCUAGCACUCCUAGCUCUCUAGCACUCCUAGCUCUCUAGCACUUUUUCUUGAUCUCAUAGUUCUCCUAGUUCCCCUAGUUCCCCUAGUUCUCCUACUUAACCAAGUCCUUCUAGUUCUCCUAGUUCCUCUAGUUCCCCUACUUAACCUAGUCCUUCUAGUUCUCCUCCUAGUUCUCCUAGUUCCCCUACUUAACCUAGUCCUUCUAGUUCUCCUAGUGUUCUCCUAUUUAUCCUAGUCCUUCUAGUUCUCCUAUUUAUCCUAGUCCUUCUAGUUCUCCUCCUAGUUCUCCUAUUUAUCCUAGUUCUUCUAUUUUUCUAAUUUUCUAAUUCUGUUUUGAAUACUUUCUCUGGUGGUUUGACAACGGACCUCUUUAGAGUAAAUAACUUAACCAACUCUUUUGUUUCUCAUUCGGAGCUAGUAAUUUUCCUCUUGAAUUAAACCCCUGUUGGGUUCAGACCCUCAGUUCUCCGUGACACUGGUGCACUUUCAGUAUUAAAAAUGUAUUCGUCUCCUUUGCUUUUUUUUUAAAAUAUUUUCUUGACUAAUACUCUUAUGGAUUUAUAAUUAUAAAUUAUUCUUAUUUUUAUGAUUAUUUUCAGUCUUUAGUUUGUAGUUUAGAUUACAAUUAUCCAAAGAUUUUAUAAAAUGAAUGAAUAUUGUGAAAAUUAUUUAAAAAGAAUAUUAUAAGUUAUAGAAAUGUAUGAUUUUUCUGUUGACUGGACAAACUCUUAAAAUUUUAUUCUGAUACAUAACAUAAAUUUUCGCCUAAGUUUAUCGUAGCUUGAAUAAUUCAUGAAAUUUUUUCUUUUAAUUAAAACUGUUAUGGUUCAAUAAACUAAAACCUGAAAAUUAAAAAAAUUACUUUUUACUUAGAAGUUAAAAAAUAAACGAUUUUGAUAAGCGGGCUCCAGGAAAUUGCCAUUCUAGUCUUUUUUGGUGGCUUACAACAUUUAAAAAAAGGCAUGACACGUUCUUUGAUAAAAUAAAAUUACAACUUUUUGAAAAAGAAAACAAAAUUUAUAACAAAACUUUGUUGGAUUCGGAGGCAUUUUAUGAAUUAAAAAUUUGUUUUAUUCUUUGCACUUUUCUAGU